AUGAAUUGCGUGGACGAGAACUGCCCGAUUCCGAGCAAGUUCCACGAAAUGGUUAAGAGCCCAAGCGCCUGUUCGCGAGUUCACAGCAUCGACGUGAUCCUAGGAUUUGCAAAGGAUCAAUCCCUGCUCAACUCUGCACCCCUCUCUUCCAAGUCCCUGCAAGAGACGGGGGAGUCCCAGCAGACUGACCGCUACAGCCACGUCCCUUCGCUGGGCUCGGCUCGGCCUCGCACGCUUGACGAUUCCGGGCUGUUCCUGAGCAAAUGCAGAGAGGAUCUGGGUGAGUUCAGCAGCGCUACCGUACGCCAGGAGGAAGCGGCUCAGGACAUGGACGAAGAGCCGCCAAAGAAGAAGCACCGAAGAAACCGAACGACCUUCACCACCUACCAGCUGCACGAGUUGGAGAGAGCGUUCGAGAAGUCGCACUACCCCGAUGUGUACAGCAGGGAGGAGCUGGCCAUGAAGGUCAACCUGCCGGAGGUCCGGGUGCAGGUAUGGUUUCAAAACAGGAGGGCAAAGUGGAGAAGGCAAGAGAUCGAGGCCAGCACAAUGAAGUUGCAUGAUUCUCCCAUGCUGUCCUUUAACAGACCGCCGAUGCCCUCCAGUGUUGGACCCAUGAGCAAUUCCCUCCCACUGGAUCCCUGGCUGACGUCUCCCAUUUCAAAUGCAACCUCCAUCCACAGUAUACCUAGCUUCAUGGGGGCACCUCAAGGCUUGCAGACCAGUUACUCGGGUCACACAUUCUUAAAUUCCCCUCCGCCAAUGGCCCAGACAAUGCAGUCCAUGGACCUCCCGACCUACCAAUGCGCCCAAACAUUUGUAGACAAAUAUCCUUUGGAAGAUGCAGACCAGAGAAGUUCCAGCAUUGCCUCCUUAAGAUGA